AUGAACGAAACGAUCCCGACCAAGUCGGAAUUCUCAAAAAUAAAAACCCUGAAACCAGGGCUUAAGAACAUAUCGCUCUACGGAGUGAUCGUGGAGUUCCUGAACGAUCCGCCGCAAAGUACGACUGAAGCGAGAGCAUACAGGUACCACUACAGACUGGCAGACAGCUCAGGAAGCAUAUCGCUGGCAGUUCCGCACGGAAUCCUGCAAGACACGGUCUCGAAGCUGACAUCGUGUGUGAAGGCGUCAUCGGGACACAACUCAUCGAAAGUAGAAGAGUAUCUGUUUACAAAGAACCACUUUUUUGACAAGGAUUCCAACCCAGGCUUCGCAGUGAAGGAGGCGCAGGUGUUUUUAACGACGACCGGAGACCAAAGAGCCAUAAACUCGGAGUUUGAGGAGGACUCGGACUGGAACGGGUGGAGCGAGGACGAGGAGGUCGGCGGCGACUCGCUCAAGUGGCUGCUGCAGCCUGGGGACCUGAUAUACGUGCAGUCGGCGCUGACGACCUGGUCCCACGGGCAGCUCGUGCUCGUGCCCGGCGACUCGAAGCACAACUACGUAAGGAAGGUGGGCAGGCUCCCGGGCGAGUUUCGGCUGGAGCCGGACGUGAGCAGGCAGCUCUCGACUCAGAAGGACUAG